UGAAAAAUAGUUUCAAAAUCUGCAAAUACUGUCCAGAUAAGGGAUGCAUCUGGGACCUGGCGUUUCGCUACGAAGUUCCACAAUUCACUCUGACAUUUUGGAAUGUUCAUUCAUUACAGUAUUUUCAAUUACAUUAUUCUCCCACAAGAGAUUUACUUGUGCAGUUAUCUUCAGGGGGAUUCCUUACUUUUUUGGUAAUGAUGAGACCAGCAGAAUUUUGUGCUUGUGUGGCUAUCUUAGCCACUGUCAUCUGCUUACCGGGGCUGAGAUCUUCCAACGUUCAUAAGUGGCAAAGAAGAAACAUGCAAAUAUUUGAGGUUUCUACUGAAAAGCCAGAAAGCACCACAAGCUAUAAUGAGAACAGUAAUGAGGUGAAAAGUGCCACAGAGAUCAAUGGAGAAACAACAAGUUCUACUGCUUUUAGUAAUAUGUUAAAGCCUUCAUUAGAAACAUUAACUGCAGCAAUAACUCCUAGCAUUGCCAAUAUAAAAGAAACAAAACAAAUCAAUAAGUCAGAAAAUGAAAAUGUAAUCACGAUGACCAGCCUUGAUACAUUACCUACAGCUAGAACAAUGGUGCCAUUUCAGAAACAAUUUAAUACAAGUACUAAAGAUGAUGAUUGGAAUAAAACUGUACAGUCUCAGCAGAAAGACUUUGUAACAGUCUUAGCUACAAAAUCCUCUUCUGGUCAAGACGUUGAUGUCAGCAAAGUUAACAAUACUGUUUACACGACAACAACAGCAACACAACAUAAUCAGAAAGCUGAAGGAACAAUGGAGAAUAAGAACCAAGUGCCAGAGCAGGUUACAAGUUCAACUGUUUUUAAUGGGGUCACCAAAAAUGAAAGUGGUGUUGAGACAACCAGGACCACUGAUUCAGGCAAUGAGGUCUUUACGCUAAAUAGUCAUGACACUACAGCUUUGCCUCUUACAAGUAAAACAAUUCUUACUGUCAAUACAACACACAAGGAAGCCACAGUAUUGACUUCAGAAAUGUUAAAUUUCUCAGAAUUCACAAAUGCAAAUGUUGGAAGUUUCAGAAAUGAAGAAGUGACAACAACAACAAUAAUCAGUGAACCAGAGGGUAAUUACUUCAGCUGGAAUAUAAAUAGUCCAAAUGCUGAGAAGGAAAUUAAUGAAAUCAUGGCAACCACAGUGGGUGCGGUAACAGACAGCAAGGCACCCAAUACAUUUCAGGUGACUACGACAUCCAGAGCUACAACAUCAAUUCAGGGGGCUGCAAUGACAGAGUCAGUCUCAUCAGCUUCUCAGGAAACAAUGUUGAAAACUACUCAGACUGUGCAAGUAUCCAGCACAGAAGCUAUAAUUGGGACUACCAAAAAUACAUAUAAGGGAUUGAGUUCAAGGUUGCCAACAACAAGUGGGAUUCCCACUGUGAUAUCUGCCUUGCCAACAACACAUCUCCCUCAGAAACCAGAAUCAGAAGCAGUGAAUACAAUUCCCACAAAAGAAAUUGCAUCUGUAACUCCUACAGAAACAAUGCUGCUGAGUGCUGAAGCAGUGAGUACAAACAUAAACCAAGCAGUUACAGGAGACAUCGGUGCAAAACAAACCACACCAAGGAAAGAUAAGAAAAUCUCUACAACGGCAUCUGAAGUUUCAGAAAGAACACUGCUUCUGUUACUGACAACCAUUGUGCCAUCUGUAGAGCCCACAGCACCACCAACAAACACAGCUGAGGAACUCGAAUCAGAAGUACUGACAAGUGCCAGUGAUUUGCCACAACAGAAGUCAGUAGAACCAAUUGGAAAAAAAGUAUUUGCCGCUACAGCAACAUUAAGCACCGAAGCCAAUGAUACAGUCCUGAAAGCAUCUGCCACAAAAGCAAUGGGAAUGACUAUGGUCAAGCCUUCUAUCACAACACCUGAGUUAAGAGAUAACACAUGGUCAUCCUUAGCAACAACUUUAGCACCAUCUUUGAGUGACACAGAACCACCAAUUUAUACAUUGGACACAACAGAGUCAGAAGAGUUAGAUGAUGAUGAUGAUGAUGAUGAUGAUGAGGAAGACUCAGAUGAAGACAGCAUGGAUUAUGAAACAGAAGUGCCUUCGCUGCCAUAUGUAACACCUGGCGGGCCCAUAAGAGUCAACCGAAACUUGACAAAAGUGAUGGAGAUGUCCUAUCAGCUUCCAGAUUCCUUUGAGUGGAACCAGCAUGAUCAAGGUACUAAAAAUCUGGUAAGAAACUGGCUGGAGAAAAUCAAAGACAAAGCUGGUUAUAUGUCUGGGAUGCUAGUGCCUGUAGCUGUUGGCGUGGCAGGGGCACUCUUCAUCCUAGGAGCUCUCUAUAGUUUCAAGGUGAUGAAUCGGAAGAGGAAAAGUGUUUUCAAAAGACGUGAAACAAAGCCUAAAGAUUUCACAAGCAUGCAGGACCGGGUGAUGCUGUUAGCUGACAGCUCAGAGGAUGAGUUUUAAGUACGAAUAAUGUUUUGAUGCAAUACAAAUGUCUGAAGCUGCACUGGAGUCAGGGGACAAAGGAUGUCACUGCUUUUUGCUACAUGUUGUUUCUGAUGCAAGUGAUCUUUCUUUUAAUGAGAAGUUAUUGAGGUUGCAAAUGUUAUUUGUGACAUAAAGUCUUGUUUGAUAGAAAUUUACCUCAUAGGAGCAACCUCACUUUAAUUUCACUAGAAAUUCAUCCUGACAAAUUGGAAUGACCAGAUGUUAUGUGAUAAUAUUGCUAUAGCCAACUGUUAAUGCUUUUGGAGACAAUGCUACUAAGCAAUAAGGGUUCCUUAAACAGUCUUUGUCAAGUUGGUAAUGAAUAUGUCACAAUUUUAAGCAAUGCCUAACAGUCUCAUUUUGUUUUAUCUAUAUUGGUAUAAAAUUCAUGAAAGAAGCCACAGAUAAAGACUCCACGAACGUGUUGCCAAUCAUUUAUUCAGGGCAACGUCAGAUUGUUUGUUUCCUUUUCAGAGUUGAAAACCCUCAGCAUUUUAAGAGUGACGAAUGAAUGGUGUUCAUUGCAAUAUUGGCAGGCAUGUUUUCUGAAGAAGAGUUACAAAGUCAUGUUAUGUUAACUCUUGCUUCUCUCUGCACAAAUACUGCCAGAUGUCUUGAGUAUUUUGCUUUUAUUAGGCAUGUUUUCUUAAGUAGCCUUUCAUCCAACACACAUUUCAGGAUGAAUGUGCAAUAUGUUUGCCUCUGUCUCACUGUUAAGCUUGUAACUGCUCCCUAACAGCUCACCAUGUGUCCUAUGAUUUCAAAGCUUGGCCAUACCAGUAUCAGGUCAGUCAUUCGUGUGGAAGAACUGAAUACCCAUGAUUCUUCGCAUUGUAAAGUUGUAUCUUGUCAACAGAUGGACAUCAUGCUGCUCUUUAUUUAAAAAAAAUAGUUCUUAGAGAUAUGGAUAAUAUUGAGUUUGAUGCUAUUGGUACGAGUUAUACAUACACACCCAAGAUACUUUAUGCAAUCACAAUGAUAAGUGGAAUCCAUUUAUCAUUACUUACCAUUUACCAAAACUUUCAGUAAAUCUCAUGAUUUUAUUUUAAUAUAAAUGAUCCCUGGAACAAUUUUCUUUAAACAGUAUUAAAUACCAUAUAUAAUUCAUAAUUGGACAAACUAAUUAGGUGUAACAAAAAUAAAACUUCAUCUAAUUAUGAUUAUAAUCUCUGCAAAGAACUUGAUAUGGUUUAAGUCACAUUAGAUUCAAUGGUGUUCGGACCUUUUCGUGAUUUAAUUAGAAUCACGAAAUACAGUACAUGUAUUGUGAAAAGAAAAAAAGCAUUUGGUCUAAUAGUCUUACAAUAGCAAUCCAGAUAUAAAUGCUAUUAAAAUGUGAAACAAGUUGGCAGAGGGUUAGUGAUACUAAUUUUAAUCCAGACACCAAACUAAUCCUCCAGGAACAUAGGUUUAAAUCCAACCAUUGCAGGAUGCCCAGUCACUGACCAGUGAUUAUAGAUAGAAUUUAUGUGGCUGGUCCACUUAAGUGUCUUAUCAAUGGUGACUGCGAAGAUGUUGAUUUUGAGGGGUUUACAGAUUGUAUUGUGUUGAAUGGAUUGUGUCUUGUUGGAUGUUUAUUGUCUGGUACUUGUGUGGCACAAAUGUUACUUGCCACUAAGUAACCCAAGCCACUAAGUACCCCAUCAUUGUCCAGAUCUUGCUGCAUUUGGAUACAGACUGAUAAUUAAUGAUACUAAGAACUACAACGCACUUUAUAGAAGAGAAGGAUAAUAAUAGCAACUUUAUAUUUGUGUAGUACCUUUCUUACAAUUAUAUAAACCCAGGCACUUCAGACAUAAAGUAUAAAGAAAAUAUAAAGUGCAGUUUGUGCAGCAGAUUAGAAGCUUGGCUGAAGUGUACUUUUUAUUAAUGAGUGUCUUAAAGGAAGAAAGAGGUUGAGAGAAAAGUUUAUGAAGCUAUUUCUAGUGCCUAAGCAGCUGAAGGUAAGAAGGUAAGUGGUGAAACAAUUAAAAUCAGAGUGCCCAAGAGGUUGGAGUUGAAAGUGCUCUAUGGAUUGUGGAAACAGUGGAGAUUAAAGAGAGGAAAGGAUGAUACCACGGAGAGAUUUGGAAACAAGGAUGACAGUUUUAAAACCAAGGCAUUGCUUGACUGGGAGCCAGUAGAGGUGAGUGAGCACAUGGUUGAUGAACAAUAUUAUCUCUAAUUUCUGUUUUCCUGAGAACAUCAGCUAUUUACACUGUUUCUAAUCUGAUUAAUAUGAGCAAACAUUCACUCCACUUGCAUUUUUACUUGCAUAUUUCAUUGUGUUUCAACAAGGUUUAUAUUAAACAUUUCUCUAAAUUAUCAAAUUGGAAUGGGAUUCUGUUAUUGAAUUGCUCAUGGCAAAUGAGAAGUGAUGCUAUUGGUACUGGUUGCCAGUUUCCUCAGAUGCUGUACUCUGUCAAUGUAAUUUUACAAGCAAUGCAUCAGUGUGUGUACUUAAAAAGUGUUUUCACUGUUUUUGGUGAAGUUAGGGUGAUGGAUUGGGAACAACUCCGUUAUGGGAAAAUGGAAAUGAAGGAGUUGAACUUUGCAUGGGAUCAGUAAGCUUUGCAUGGUCAGGAAAGAGAGAUCACAUUGGUGCACAGGGGAAGAAGUAUUUUUUUCCUUUUUUCUGGCUCAUAGUUUGAAACAUUUUCCAUGAGGAUAUAUUGAACCGCAGGACCAGGGCCCAACACAAAAUAGUGACGUCACAGGUAAACUGUAAGUUCGUUGGUUUAGUGAUAACAAUUAAUUUAACUAUCCAUUAUAGGUUACUUUCAGAUUGAAAGAUAAUAUCAGAAGUAUUUACAUGCAACAAACUAAAAGAAGAGUAUGAUUUUUAAAAAGAAACCAAAUGAAGAACUCAGUAAUUAAAAUAGAGAUACAGGGCCUGGCAAUGUGUUGUAACUGCAUGAUGUGGGAGCUGGGGGACACAAUUGUGGUUCACACUGACCACAUCAGUAGUAAUGUUGGUUGCUUGAGGAACUCUGGCACAGAGUUGAUGAGCUGGAGUCUGAGCUUCGAACACUGACAUAUCAGAUAUGAGAAACAAUUACUUGGACUCUGUUUCAAGAGACAGUCACACCCCAUAGAUUAACUACCUCGAAUUUAUUGUGUGGUCAGGGACAAGAGGAUGUGACCACAGGCCAAGCUACAUAGAGGGAUCCAGGAGGUGAUGCUGAAUGAGCCUCAGCCCUUGAGCUUAUCCAGCAGGUUUGAGAUUCUUGUU